AUGGAUGACACGGCGGGACAGGAGCGGUACCGCACCAUCACCACGGCGUACUACCGUGGCGCCAUGGGCUUCAUCCUCAUGUAUGACAUCACCAACGAGGAGUCCUUCAACGCCGUGCAGGACUGGGCCACUCAGAUCAAGACGUACUCGUGGGACAACGCCCAGGUCAUCAUGGUGGGCAACAAGUGCGACAUGGACGAGGAGCGAGUGGUGGCCCCCGAGAAAGGCAAACACUUGGCCGACCAACUGGGUCUGGAGUAUUACGAGGCCAGCGCCAAGGAGAACAUCAACGUGCGGCAAGUCUUUGAGCGCCUGGUGGACGUCAUCUGCGUCAAGAUGUCCGAGCGGGUGGACGUGGAGGCGCCGGCGGCCCCCGGCGCCAAGACGGCCAGACUGAGCGACAAGCCGGCCCAACUACCUCAGAAGUGCUGCUGAUGGGCCGCCGCCAUGGCGUGGAUCAACUGUGGUGACAUUCCUCAGUCGUGCUGGCGUCUCACACACACAUUCACACACACUUGCACUUGUUUGACUGCCAUCUGUCUUCUUGUUGUCAUUGUGUGAGCCUCCCUCCGCCAAGGCACAACGCAAGUUACUUCAUCCGCCACUUCAAGGGGAGGAAGGGAAAGAUGGCCGACGACCUGGCCAACAAGACGAAUGAAAAAAGCUUUUGUCUUCACAUUCACGCCAUAGGAACUCAUAGAACUUAUUCUCACGCCAUUUUUGAAAAACGAAGCAAACUUAAAACAAACCAACGGAAGGAGAAAUUCUGUUUUCACGCUUUGACUGGCCGCUUCUCACUGAGCUACGUUCUAGAACAAUCCGUAGUCGACUUGAAGGACGCCCUCAGGCCGCGUCACCAACGCACAACUCUCAGGCCGAGUCGCAGCCGCCAUCGUCAGCCCGAACGCCGGGGCAAUGUUGAUCCUUGACUGUCCUUUUGUCCGGGUAGCCUCCCUUUUUCUGUUUUUGUCUCUUCAGGCAAAACUUUUCAUUUCUUUGGUUGUUUUGGAGCAAACGUAAAGCAAACCAACGGAAGGACAAAUACUAUUUCCGCAUUUUGACUGGCCGCUACGUUUUAGAACAAUCCGUAUUCGACUUGAAGGACGCCCUCAGGCCGCGUCACCAACGCACAACUUUCAGGCCGAGUCGCAGCCGCCAUCGUCAGCCUGAAAGCUGGGGCAAUGUUGAUCCUUGACUGUCCUUUUGUCCGGGUAGCCUCCCUUUUUCUUUUUUUGUCUCUUCAGGCAAAACUUUUCAUUUCUUUGGUUGUCACCAAUGCACAACUCUCAGGCCGAGUCGCAGCCGCCAUCGUCAGCCCGCAUCAAGCUUCAAUAAUCGCACUUAGCAAAAAAAAAAAGAAAAAUGGCGUGAAACUGGAUGGACGAGUGUCAUGUAGCUUGUACUCUGGGGUCCACAUGGCGGUGGAAAAGACGUUGUUGUGGUUCCCUCCCUGCGUGUGUGUGUGUGUGUGUGUGUGUGUGUGUGUGUGUGUGUGUGUGUGUGUGUGUGUGUGUGUGUGUGUGUGUGUGUGUGUGUGCUGCAUUUAAUUCUCAUGAUAUUAACUGUUGUGUUUGUGCACAGUAUCUUUGAGCUGAUGACAUAACGUGUGUGUGCUAAAAAAACAGCAAAGAAAAGAUAAAAGUUUGAGUGCAUUUCCGGUCCAAUCUUCUGCCAAAAUGCGUCUCCCAGCUCACGUUUUGUGCGUGACUAUGUUGUUGAUUCAUUCUGGUGACUUUGUACACGAUAGAUUUAGAAGUUCUAAUGCUGUGAAGUUAUUUUAUUUGCCGUGUUGAGGAAGUUGAUGUACACUUGUUGUCUUACAGUUUCAGUCCCAUUUGGAGGACAAGCACAAAGUGAUUGUACAAAUAUUGUCAAUGUUUGUAUAUUAUAGAUGCAAUUUAGUACAGUAUAGUAAAAUAUUAACAAUCUUUAA